GGCUAUUCAAGAUGUGGCUAUGGCUUUGCAUGGGUAUAGACCCUACUACUGGUACCACUAGAUUCGGUGGAAACCCAUGUUCGAGGAGGGGCCUUGGAUCACGGCUAUACUUAACUACGGCGGGGGAGACGAGAUGAGGCUGAAGAUCAAUGUGGAAGGAGGAAAAGAGGUGGAUAUGCGGACUAAUGGGAAGCUACAGGACGCUAUCACAGAGACGAAAGAUCGUGUGGAAAGGCGUUGCCGAAGGGACGGCGUGACGGCAAGAAUGCAGGUAACAGUCUCGUAUCAUGAGACCGAGACUUCCAUGGAUAUGGCGGACCUGGAGCAAGCCCACGUGGACAGGGACUCAGGUGGGGAGAGCGAAAUGAGUGAGGCAGGGGACCGGGAAACGGACCUCAGAUCCUGGAAUAGACCAGGCGAGAUCCAGAAGCACCACCGGGCGGUGAAGCCAGUGGAAGAGGGCCCAGAGGCAAGCUGGCGACAUCUAGUGCCCAGAGGUCGCGGGACGGGUGAGAAGCAAAGCAGGGGGAAAAGACACGUUUGAAGGGGCGAGGGUCCUCAUUAGCAGUUCAAGACGCUUAAGUGACUCGGUGCUCAGUCAACCUCACCGCGUGGUGCUCUGCAUGAAUUAGGUAAGGUAGUAUUUGCGGGUUGUGACCGGAGUUAGGCACGGUUUUAGCAGAACCAAGGCAUGUGCUGGCAAUAACCAAGCUUGGAUGUUAUCGGGGGUUACUGUCAUAGUGUGGAGAGCAGGAUAGGAAGAAUGGUCUCCUUCAAAGUAAAUAACAACAAAAUUA